GCAAAGCAUUCACAUUAAAGUGUGACAGCUGCUCUCUUAUUUAAUGGGGGGCCUCUGGUCAGAAAGAGUCAGAAGUGUCUCCAAGACAGCAGAAGCAUGGCAGAGGAGCUGGGGCUGGGCUAUGGGGAAGCAGCCAGAGUGGAAACGCUGCCGGAUGGCUGCAGAAACAGGCCAGAGGCCAGGGCCAGGCUCGCCGCCAGGAGCAAAGCAUGCUUGGCUCUCACCUGCUGCCUGCUGUCAUUUCCCAUCCUGGCAGGACUUAGCACCUUCCUGAUGGUUGGCCGGCUCCAGGUCCCGGGAAAAGACUGUAAGGUGAGGGCUAUACCAGUCCAGGAGUCUGAAUCUUCACCACAGGCAGUUUACACACCUGCCAGAGCCAAGCCAAGGGCACACCUGACAAUUCUGAAACAAACACCUAUGCCACAUCUGCAAGAUCAGUUCCCGGCUCUGCAGUGGGAGCAUGACCUAGGGUUGGCCUUCACCAAGAACCGGAUGAACUACUCCAACAAAUUCCUGAUGAUCCCAGAAUCAGGAGACUAUUUCAUUUACUCCCAGAUCACAUUCCGAGGGACCACGUCCGAGUGUGGUGACAUCAGCCAGGGGAAACAACCAAAGAAGCCAGACUCCAUCACUGUGGUUAUCACCAAGAUGGCAGACCACUACCUCCAGCCUAUCCGCCUCCUCACAGGGACCAAGUCUGUGUGUGAAAUAAGCAGCAACUGGUUUCAGCCCCUCUACCUUGCAGCCAUGUUCUCCUUGGAAGAAGGGGAUAGGCUGAUGGUAAACGUCAGUGACAUCUCCUUGGUGGACUAUACAAAGGAAGAUAAAACUUUCUUUGGAGCCUUCUUGCUAUGAAGGAAAACAACCAUCGACAUGUGAGACUCCUCCACCUCCUACUUCUCAAUUUGGUGUGCUCACAAGGAACUAUAAGCAGGUUUUAGGGGGGUCAGGGAUAGAGUUAGCAAUAGAAUUUAGAAACCCAAAGUUUAUCCUUAUGUGCCUAUGGACUGAAAUAGUAAAUGGAAAAUUCAGAAGAGCUCAAGUUUGAUAGAGACCUUCUGGGUUUUAAAAAUUGAAACGGCUGUCCUCCAAUGGCACUGUCUACAGAUCUUAGGACAGAACAUUUCCACAGUGCCCUCCUUCCUGGUCCUUUCUGAACUAGCAGCUCAGUUACGACUGAAUUUGAUAAUAAGCUUACUUCAGUUCAAGAGCUAAGGACAGAAUCCCAAGAAAGUCUGAGAAAACAGAGUAAUCCUUCCAGAGGCAAAAAUCCUUUAUUUGCAUUUCCACAUUCUUCCAAAAGAAAGAAAGAGGGGAAGGGAGAAAAAGAAAAUAGCUGGUAUUGCUCAUGAAUAUUCUCCAAAAAUGGAAAUGGUUUUCUAUCGUGCAGGAAAGGCUACCUUUCUUCUGAUUGUAUCCUUGAGUAUCCACAUGCACAUGGAAUUCCACAUGCACAUGGAACACAGAACAAACAUGUUCCUUAUUGUAAGAACGUGUU